AUGUCCGACGACGAGGCGGCCACCAUCGAGUCGCAGCCCGCCGGCGACUGGUCCAUCCAGGAUGCCCCGUCGCCGGCCGAGAGCAUCAAGUCCGAUGUCGAGGACGAGAAGAUGACCGCCGACGGCGAAGCGGCGCCGUCGCAACCCAUCCAGAAACGCCGAAGAGUCACCCGCGCUUGCGACGAGUGUCGCCGCAAGAAGAUCAAGUGUGACGGCAAGCAGCCCUGCACCCACUGCUCCGUCUACAGUUACGAAUGCACAUAUGACAAGCCAUCAAACAGGAGGAGGAAUCCCGCACCACAGUAUAUCGAGGCCCUGGAAAGCCGUCUUCAGCGCGCCGAGACGCUGCUGCGAAAAUUUGUUCCUGAUAUUGACCUGGCCGAUCCAAACCUUGACCCUGCCAUUCAACAGGAGUUCAAUAAUCGAGAACGAGCGCGCGCCGAGGCUGCCAAGCUAAGAGCCAGCCAUGCUCCUGCCGAGCCUGAUCCCAAUGACACGCAGCUGACGUCCAUGAUUGACUCCAUCGGCCAGCUGGAUCUCGAUGAAAAGGGCGGAUGGGAUUUCUACGGCAUCUCCUCCGGCACCGUCUUCUUGCGGCGCAUGAAGGAGAACUUCCGCGGCUUGCUGGGCCCUGUAGGCAGAGCGCCGUUUCUGCCACGUCCGUCUGACCGAACUGCAGGCCUCCUAAACUUCGACGUGCCAUCACCUGCUGGCAACUCACCCUUUUCAAACGUUUCCACCGUCCCUGAUCUUCCUCCCAAGGACGUUGCUCGGAAACUCUGCUACUAUUCCUUAAGCUGCGCCACAUGUCUUGUCCGCAUCGUUCAUGUUCCUACUUUUUAUGAAAAAUUCGACCAAAUCUAUGAGCGACAACAUGAUGCUUCAAACCAGGAAGAUACCCCGUUUCUUGCUCUGUUUUAUGCCAUCUUAGCGUUGGGUUGCAUGUACAGCAAUUUAGACGACUCUAGUUCCGGCGGCAUGUCAUAUCGACAGGCCAUCGAUGAAGGAGUCAAGUAUUACAAGAUAUCAAGAUCUCUGCUGCGUGAUGUUACCGAGUGCCGGAGUCUCAUCUCUAUCCAGACUCUUGUUUUCCUAAUUCUCUUCCUCCAGUCUACUGCAAAUCUCAACACUUGCUACUCCUUUAUUGGAAUCGCGCUCCGAUCAUCCUUGCGGAUAGGUCUUCACCGGCACUUACAACACGAACGGUUGGGAAAUAUUGAGCAGCAAGUUCGGCGACGGGUUUUCUAUGUCAUCCGGCAAAUGGACAUUUAUGUUUCCACCAUGCUAGGAUUUCCUCUCCUUCUCAGCAAUGAGGAUGUAGAUCAGUUGUAUCCGCUGGAGGUUGACGACGAGUUCAUCACGGCCGGUGGCAUCAUCCAGCCAGGACCGGGAACGCCUUCAUUUUUCCAGGCAUUCAACGCUCACACCCGAUUGAUGGAAAUCUUGGGGAAAAUCACAAAGAAUAUCUACCCAACAAAGGGUGUUGGGCAAACGGUCAUGAGAGGGGACAAGCUUGCGUCAACUUAUCUCAUCAGCUACAGUAAGAUUAAGGAAAUCGAAACUGACCUGCACAACUGGUUUGAGAGACUUCCGCAAGCAUGGCGGCCCAGUCCCGAUGGCCCAAUUGAAGUGGUUCGUGUACGACACCUGUUGCGUUUUGCGUAUGCUCAUGUGCAACUCGUUCUGUACCGACCUUUCCUACACUAUGUCUCUCCCCGACUGAGCCAAGGCAGCAGGGUUGAUGAACUCUCUUAUGCCUGCGCGGCAGCGGCCAUCAGCGUGUCCCGCAACAUUGUUCACAUUGGUCUUGAGAUCCGGAAACAGCGCGUGCUCAGCGGACCUUACUGGUUCAUGCUCUACACUGAGUUCUUUUCUGUCCUUUCGCUGGUGUUUUAUGCCCUUGAGAAUCCGGACAAGCCUGGGUCUCAAGAGGUGCUGGCUGAUGCACGUGCUGGAAGACAGAUGAUUGCAGAUUUGGCUGACAAGAGCCUUUCUGCGGAGAGAGUCACCGGUACUCUCAAGGUCCUGUUUGAUCAGUUACCAGAGCGGGCUGGUGAUCUAGCCCACUCACGCCCAUCAUCCACAACAAAGAAGAGGACGGCACCUAGUGUUAAGAUGCCAAAUAAUAACCCCAUCCCCGUCGGCAUGACUCUACAUAGGCCAGACGAGAUGAUGCGAAAUAGGAGUGGUGGCAUGUCAUUAUACGGAACCUCGCAUUCCAGGGGCUCUAUGGACAGCAGCAUGGCGCAAUCAUUAGAGCACAGUUAUCCGGAGCCUUCGUUUACUAGCAGCUUGAAUGACAUGAUGCCGAUGGACUUGUCGUCACGAGCUACGCCAGAUUCUACGAGUACUGCUGAGAGCACACACCGACACCCAUUCCAGCCACAUCAUCUGAGCGCGCAGAACAUGCACAGCAAUCCUGUGCAUAAGAUUGACUCUUUGAUGUUUCCUUCGGACGACCCGUUUGCCUAUCCUAACCAACCGAUGAUCGAAUUAGGAUUCUCAGGGAAGACUGACACUUCCGUGGCGUUGCCCCAUCCACCUUCGGACUCGACUUUCUUCUUUCCUGCUUCACUGGACGACAUGGGAGAUCAGUUUAUGGGACAACCUCCGCCAUACAUGAUGCCACAGCAGCAGCAACAGCAGCAUCCAAACGCAAUGGCUAUGAACAUGCCAGGCAACAUGUACGACCCCAACGUCAUGAUGGGGAUGCAUCAACAGGCGCCACAACAGCAAAUCCCACAGCAGCAGGCGCGACGGCCUGGUGGGCUAUCUCUGCGACGGCCGAUACGGGGUGAAAGGCAUCAGGAGCGGCAGAUUGAGCAGAUGUUUACGGAUCACGGCAUGCAACCCGACUGGGGGAGUUUCUUUGGUUCUGGCAGGGGUGGAUUUCAGGGAAUGUGA